AUGGGUCCCAAGAAAGGCGGCGGUGGCCAGGCGAAGCAGCGUGGGAACGCGGCUGAGGAGGUUGAGGAGACAUUGCAGGCUGUGGUUCUUGCGGAUACUUUUGAGACGAGAUUUGAGCCGUUCACGCUUGAAAAGCCCCGGUGUCUCCUGCCUCUUGCGAAUACGCCCUUGAUUGAGUAUACGUUCGAAUUCCUUGCCAAUGCCGGUGUCGAGGAGGUUUUCCUUUACGGAGGAGCGCACUCGGAUCAGCUGGAGAAAUACAUCAAUGCGUCAAAAUGGAGAGGCAACUCGUCGCCAUUCAAGCAGCUGACUUUCCUCAAAUCUACAUCGACUUCCGUCGGAGACGUCAUGCGCGACCUGGACGGGAAACACCUCAUUACCGGAGACUUUAUCGUUGUGAGCGGCGACGUGAUUAGCAACUUGCCCAUCGAGGGCGCGUUGGCAAAGCAUCGUGCUCGCCGCCAGGCAGACAAGAAUGCCAUCAUGACUAUGGUCCUGCGCGAGGCUGGCAGGAACCACCGCACCAAGUCGACCUCCGUGUCCCCUGUCUUCGUUCUCGAUCCCACCAAGGACCGUUGUCUACACUAUGAGGAGAUCGACCAUCACUCGGACGAGCUGUCUCGUGUGACCAUCGACACCGAGCUUAUUACAACUCACCCCGAGAUCGACAUCCGACAGAAUCUGAUCGACUGCAGCGUCGACAUUUGCACGCCCGAUGUGCUGAGUCUGUGGUCGGAUAGCUUCGAUUACCAGUCUCCGCGAAAACACUUCUUGUUCGGUGUGCUGAAGGACUAUGAGCUCAACGGCAAGACGAUCCACACCCAUAUCAUCAAGGACCACUACGCCGCAAGAGUCAGGAACCUUAAGGCCUACGAUGCCGUGAGCAAGGAUAUUAUCUCGCGUUGGACGUAUCCGCUCUGCCCAGACACAAACCUGCUUCCCGGGCACACGUACGAUCUCCGCAAGGGCAAUCUGUACCAGGAACAGGGUGUCACCCUGGCUCGCUCGUGUGUCGUCGGGCGGCGCACGGUCAUUGGCAAGGGCACAAGCAUCGGUGACAAGACGACAAUCAAGAACACAGUCCUUGGGAGGAACUGUAAGAUCGGGAAAAACGUUACACUGGACGGCGCAUAUAUCUGGGAUGGCGUGGAAAUCGGCGACGGGACCACGGUGCGGCAGGCCAUUAUUGCCGACAAGGUUGUGGUGGGCAACAACUGCACGGUCGAGCCUGGUGCUCUUCUCUCAUAUGAAGUGAAAAUCGCCGAUGGCGUGACCGUGAGUGAAGGAAGACGUAUUACAAAAGCCUCAAGAGACGAAGACGGUGGCGUACCAACGAGUGACCCGGAUGUGGUUGGUGAAGGGGGCGAGGGUUACGAAUUCUUCCACGAGGAGGACGAGGAUGAAGACGAUGCUGCGAGUAUUGCGUCGUCUGGUUUGGUCUAUAAUAUGGCGCAGCUAUCCCUCUCUACGGAUUCCAUUUCGACGUUGUCUUCGGAGAUAUCUCACUUCGGCGGAUCCAGAUCAGAGAGUUUCGGCACCUCAUAUUCUGAGGACGAUGAUCAUGAUCAUUUCGUUCACGAUGCCGCAGGCAGUGUCUUUGACAGUCUGAAGGAAGGUGUCACCUCGGAUGUUGUGCAAUUGGAAUUGGUCAGUCUGCGUAUGACGGCCAACGCUUCCGACCACCAGGUCCGACGAGCCGUCGUUACGGCCUUCAUGAAGCGAACACAGCAGUUGAUUGAGGGCGGCAAAGGUGCUGGUGACGCGGUUCGGGAUAUCUUCCGCACCUACCGCGAGAUCAUCGAGCGGUGCAUAUUCGACCGAGACAGCGACGAAAAACCCGACCAAGUCGACUUUUUGCUUCUGCUCCAACAGGACCUUGUGCACCGCCCUCGCGGCGAGACAGCUCUGCUGUUCGCUGCCAAGGAACUGUAUGACUUGGAACUCUUCGAAGAGGAGGCAUAUGAGCAAUGGUGGGCCGAUGAACGGUCCAGCGCUAGCGAGGAAUUGAAGCAGGUGCGCAGUCAGACUCAACAGUUUGUGGACUGGCUUGCCAAUGCCGAGGAAGAAGAGAGCAGCGAAGAGGAGGAAGAUAGCGAUGAGGAAUGA